AUGAAAGAGAAGUCCAAAAAUGCCGCCCGGACUAGACGGGAGAAAGAAAACAGCGAAUUUUAUGAACUGGCUAAAUUACUACCCCUGCCCUCCGCUAUCACCUCUCAGCUGGACAAAGCAUCCAUAAUCAGACUCACCACCAGCUAUUUAAAAAUGAGGGUGGUUUUUCCAGAAGGACUCGGAGAAGCCUGGGGCCACUCCAGCCGAACCAGCCCGCUGGAUAAUGUUGGACGGGAACUAGGAUCCCAUCUUUUGCAGACCUUGGACGGUUUCAUAUUUGUCGUGGCUCCGGAUGGCAAGAUCAUGUACAUCUCGGAGACCGCCUCGGUGCACCUGGGCUUGUCGCAGGUAGAGCUGACCGGCAACAGCAUUUACGAGUACAUCCACCCCGCCGACCACGACGAGAUGACCGCAGUGCUCACAGCCCAUCAACCUUAUCACUCGCAUUUCGUGCAGGAGUACGAGAUCGAGAGGUCGUUUUUCCUGAGGAUGAAGUGCGUCCUGGCCAAGAGGAACGCGGGUCUGACCUGCGGGGGCUACAAGGUCAUUCACUGCAGCGGGUACCUGAAGAUCCGCCAGUACAGCCUGGACAUGUCCCCCUUCGAUGGCUGCUACCAAAACGUCGGCUUGGUCGCCGUGGGCCACUCCCUGCCACCCAGCGCCGUGACAGAGAUCAAGCUCCAUAGCAAUAUGUUCAUGUUUCGGGCCAGCCUGGAUAUGAAGCUCAUAUUCUUAGAUUCCAGGGUAGCCGAGUUAACGGGUUACGAGCCACAGGACUUGAUAGAGAAGACCCUUUAUCACCAUGUCCAUGGCUGUGACACCUUCCACCUGCGAUGUGCACAUCACUUGUUGCUGGUGAAAGGCCAAGUGACCACCAAGUACUAUCGCUUCCUGGCCAAGCACGGCGGCUGGGUCUGGGUGCAGAGCUACGCCACCAUCGUGCACAACAGCCGCUCCUCCCGCCCGCACUGCAUCGUCAGCGUCAACUACGUCCUCACGGAUACUGAAUACAAAGGACUGCAGCUCUCCCUGGAUCAGGUCGCUGCCAGCAAGCCGACGUUCUCGUACACGAAUUCCACUCCAACCAUAACAGACAGCAGGAAAGGAAGCAAAUCUCGCCUCUCAAGCACAAAGUCAAAAUCAAGGACAUCACCAUACCCACAGUAUUCUGGAUUUCACACAGAGAGAUCCGAGUCGGACCACGAAAGCCAGUGGGGUGGGAGCCCCCUGACCGACACAGCUUCUCCCCAGCUCCUGGAGCCCGCAGACAGACCAAGCUCCCAGCACCACGACGUCUCCUGUGCCUACAGACAGUACUCAGACCGCAGUGCUCUCUGCUAUGGUUUUGCCCUGGACCACUCCAGGCUGGCUGAGGACAGACAUUUCCACACUCAGGCCUGUGAAGGAGGCAGGUGUGAGGCUGGUCGCUAUUUCCUUGGCACGCCGCAGCCGGGACGGGAGAGCUGGUGGGGCUCCCGUUCAGCACUGCCCCUGACUAAGGCAUCACCUGAGAGCAGAGAAGCCUAUGAAAACAGCAUGCCCCACAUCACAUCAGCACACAGGAUCCAUGGGAGAGGACACUGGGACGAGGACAGUGUCGUUAGCUCACCUGAUCCUGGCUCUGCCAGCGAGUCAGGCGACCGCUACCGUCCUGAGCAGUACCAGAGCAGCCCGCAUGAGCCCAGCAAAAUCGAGACUCUGAUCCGAGCCACCCAGCAAAUGAUUAAAGAGGAAGAGAACAGACUCCAGCUGCGGAAAACCACCCCUGACCCCCUGGUGUCCAUGAAUGGCACGGGGAAGAAGCAUGCUCUGUGUUUCGCAAGCUACCCCCAGCAGCAGCUGGCAGGGGACGUCUGCCGCGUCCCGACGGUGGCCAACACUCCCCCUUGUGAGCACCUCCAGCAACGAGAUGGGAAGAUCAUGAGCCCCCAUGAAAAUGACUAUGACAACAGCCCCACGACGCUCUCCAGGAUAAGCAGCCCCAGCUCUGACCGAAUAUCCAAGUCUAGUUUGGUACUGGCUAAAGACUACCUGCACUCAGACCUGUCCCCUCAUCAGAACCCAGGGGACCACCCAGCAGCCUCUCCGAAUUAUUACAGCUCCCACAGGCAGUACUUUGACAAGCACGCUUACACCUUGACUGGCUAUGCCCUGGAGCAUCUAUAUGACACUGAAACCAUUAGGAACUAUUCGCUAGGCUGUAACGGAUCACACUUUGAUGUGACUUCUCACUUAAGGAUGCAGCAAGACCCUGCACAAGGACACAAGGGCACAUCUGUCAUAAUCACCAAUGGAAGCUGA